UUCUGCCACGUGACGGCCUAACCUCAAACCUGCGAGAGAAUUAUUUACAUGCCGGAGCACGGUGAAAGCGCACGUUUUGUCAACAUUUCCGAACGAUGGCGAGCGAAAAAAUAAUACGUAUGGAAGAUAUAUUGAAUGCGGCACCGGUGCUGAGUAAAGCAGCACCACUACCAGCAGAGUCGUCGUCCAGUGUCGGGAAACCCGAGAGGCAACACGUCCCGCGAGGAAAGCCAAAAUCCGGCAGGAUAUGGAAGGAAGAAAAAACGAGAUUUUCUUCUAUAAUUAAAACACGUGGAAUUCGACAGUCAUUCGCUAAGAAACAAAAGUUGAGAGAAGAUUUGAAACGCGUUAAGGAGAUGUCAAGGGCAAUCAAGGCACAAAAGCAGGCAGAGAAAGAGGCUAAGAAGCAACGAAGAAGAGACAAUUUAAAGAGAGCAGAGGAGAAUAGAAAGAAGAGCGAAAUUGUGCAAGUUAUUAAGAAUACCGCGAAAAUAAAGAGGAUGAAGAAAAAGCAACUGAGAAUGAUUGAAAAGAGGGACACAACUAAAAUGUAACAUUGGACAAAAUUAUGUAAAUAGAAUGCUUAAAUAAUACAUAACAUUAGAAUAA